AUGACGCCUAAAGGAAGCAGUGAAAUCAGUGACGCAAAGUCAAAGCCUUCGUCAGAUGCUCGAGAGUCCCCAAGCUGCAUUGCUUGUGACAAUGAGGCCCAUAACGUGACUUCGGAGAGUGUUUUCCCUUCCAUCGAUGGGGGCAGACACGCCUGGCUUUUUCUAUUAGCAAGCGCAGUUCUCGAGGCACUCGUUUGGGGUUUUGCUUUUUCUUUUGGAAUUUUCCAAAGAUAUUACAGUGCACAUGAGCCAUUUAAAGGGUCAAGUAACAUUGCUGUGAUUGGUACAUGCGCAAUGGGACUUGCAUAUCUGAUAGCACCUUUGCCUAUUAUAGGUAUGAUCUUGAUGCCACAGAUUGCUCGUUGGGUAUCCACAGUUGGCGUUUUGAUCAUGUGUUUAUCGUUGGCACUGAGCUCAUUUUCCUCGAGCGUUACCCAUCUCAUUCUCUCCCAAGGUAUUGGAUUUGGCGUGGGUGGCUCCUUGGCGUACACACCUUCAAUCUUGUUCAUGUCGGACUGGUUCGUGAAGCGGAAGGGUCUUGCGUUUGGUGUGGUAUGGGCCGGUUCAGGGCUCUCUGGAAUCAUCUUUCCCCUUAUCAUCCAGUGGUUGCUUGACCAGUAUGGCGUGCAGGCGACUCUAAGAAUCUCGGCCAUCGCAUUAUUUGUUCUUUCUCUGCCAUUUCUAUACUUCCACCGACCACGCCUUCCAGCAUCUUAUUACGUUCGACAGCAUCGGCUCAACUUCAACUUUUUAUACAGCAGAGUAUAUCUGGUCUAUCAGAUUGGCAACACCAUGCAAGCGCUAGGAUUUUUCCUACCCACGAUUUAUCUACCAACCUAUGCACACGGCAUGGGGGCCAGUGAGGUUUUGUCUUCACUGACGGUGACACUCUUCAACAUCUCAUCAGUGUUUGGUUCUGUCAUGAUCGGCUUCCUAUCUGAUCGGUAUCAUGUCACCCGAUGCAUCCUUUUAUGCACUGUCGGAACUACGAUUGCUGUGUUUUUCAUUUGGGGGUUUGCUCAAAAUAUACCGUCCUUGUAUGUCUUUUGCAUUGGGUACGGGCUCCUCGCAGGUGGCUACUCAUCCACAUGGUCAAGCAUCGCACAUGAAAUCCAACAAGCAAACCCCGCGGCAGAUGUCAGUGUGAUAUUUCCUUUUAUGGAAACAGGUCGAGGCAUCGGAAAUGUCGCAAGUGGCCCCCUGAGUGAAGCACUGUUGAAGACCGGCGGUGGUCGAGAAAACAUCACAAUGUGGGGUGGAUAUGGGAGGGGGUAUGGUUCGAUUGUAAUAUGGACGGGUAUAACAGCAGCAGUGGGUGGUAUUUCCGUGGUAGCGCGGUAUAUGAGGAUAGUGUAG